GUUGUGAAUUCUCGACGGGCAAGAUGAACCAGGGUAUAUGGGCGUUUGGCCCACCCAGUCUUUUGAUGGCGGUCAUGGUUGCGGGGAUACAUAACCCCCUGGUCGUCUCCCUUUGUCUUUCGGUUCUUGCCGGCCUGGGUACCUACAAAGCGAUUCCCCUCGUCAGCGACGUUUUUAUAGCUCAUGGACGGUCCGGGAAGGAUUUGUUGAAGGAGGGGAGACCGGUCAUACCAGAGAGCAUGGGCGCGAUCGCUGGCGUCGUAUACUUUAUCGUCAUGUUUGUUUUUAUUCCAGUACCUUUUAUUGGAUGGUUCCGGGAUUCAGAGUACGCGUUGGCGGAUUUCCCGCAUAAUAAGUUUGCACAAUUUCUGGGUGGACUCUUGUCACUCAUGAGUAUGCUCUUUCUGGGAUUUGCGGAUGAUGUGCUCGAUAUUCGAUGGCGGGUCAAGAUCUGGCUACCCUUGAUUGCGUCUAUGCCGCUUCUCAUGGUCUACUGCGUUACAUAUGGUGGAACAGAUGUUGUUGUGCCUAUCCCGCUCCGAUCCCUAUUUGGGCAAAAAAUGUUACAUCUUGGCAUCUUUUACUAUGCGUUUAUGGCCGCUCUGGCCAUCUUUUCGACGAACGCAAUCAACAUCCUAGCAGGUGUCAAUGGCGUGGAAGCCGGGCAGUCCCUCGUCAUUGCGCUGUCGAUCGCUGCAAACGAUUUCCUCCAACUACAUCGCAAUCCCGCGCGUGCCGAAGCGCAUUUGACGUCACUGUAUUUUGUUCUUCCCUUUAUUGGAGUGACAUUGGGGUUUUUAAAGCACAACUGGUACCCCGCACGUGCAUUCGGGGGGGAUACACUCUGCUACUUUGCAGGAAUGAUCUUUGCCGUGGUCGGGAUAUUAGGCAACUUUAGCAAAACCGUCUUGCUUUUUAUGGUGCCUCAGAUUUUCAACUUUAUUUAUUCGUGCCCUCAAUUGUUUCAUUUUGUGGAGUGCCCGAGGCAUCGGAUGCCUAGUUACAACUCCUCCACCAAGCUCUUGGAACCCACAUGGUGCUCGCUAUCCAAAACUGGCAAACUCGGCCGCCUCAUGAUCCGCAUUCUGCGAACCUUCCGUCUCGUUCACAUUCGACGCGACCCUAAAACAGGUGAAGCCGUGCAAGCCAACAACCUCACGCUCAUGAACCUCUUAUUGGUAAAGUUCGGACCUAUGUCCGAACCGCGGUUGGCUACCUUUGUAAUGAUUGUCCAGGCACUGUGUUCGUGUCUUGCGUUUUUGAUUAGAUAUCGGCUGGUCAAGUUUGUGUAUAACGAGGUGGAGGAUAACAGGAAUUAAAGAGCGUGAUGACAGAAAGUGGUGGUUCUUUCGGCUAUUUAUCAUUUGUUUACAACUAAGCACGACUUUUGUACAUAUGUAAACUAUUUUUGUUUAUUCGUAAAGUCUGGCCGGACCUGGUCUAGCAUCC